AUGGAAGCCUUGCUAUUUUGCAAAACAGAACAGUUGGCAAAGGACCUGGAAUUAUUUGCUCAACACGCUGGUCGUAAAACUGCAAACAUGGAAGAUGUCAUACUUUCUGCACAUAGAAAUGAACAUCUGGCUGCCUUAUUGAGGUCCUUCAGCAAUGAUCUAAAAGCCAGAGAGCCCCAAUCUGAGAGGAAGAGAAAGAAAUCAUCAAAAAAGGAAGACCAAGCAACUACCAGUGUAGUCCAUAUUCCAGAUUCUUAG